CGUGGGUGCCGGGCCGGGAGGCAGGGGUCCGGGAAUAUUGGUUCCUGGACACCGCCGGGGCUCCCCGGGACCCCAGCGCCCCAGCUCCCGGCCGGCCUCCCCACAGGGAGCUCGGACGGUCUCACACCGGCAGAUUUGAACCGAGGAGGCCAAGCGGCCGGGCGGGGGUUCGCAGCCGCCAUUGGCUGCGGCGGCGCCGUGACUUCAGCGCGGAGGGCGCGGGCGGGAGGGCGCGGGAGGAGCCUGGAAGGGGAGUGUCCGGGAGGCUCGCCGCCCAGAAAGCCCGAGAGCCAGAGGGAAACCGACGCCGGCGCUGACAUGGGCCUCCAGCCCCGGUGCCGCUCGGAGCCCACGGAGGGGACAGCGCAGCCACGCCGGCCCGGCGCUCGCGUCUCUGGGGACCCAGCCCUAUGAUCUCCUCCACGUCACCCCGUCUACCCGCCGGACUUGAGAUCUGACCCCCAGCCGCCUGCUGUGCCCCCGGGAGCUCCCCCGUCAUCCCCCGAGCAAGAUGCCUAUCCUCAAGCAGCUCGUGUCCAGCUCGGUGCACUCCAAGCGCCGCUCCCGCGUGGACCUCACAGCCGAGAUGAUCAGCGCCCCCCUGGGCGACUUCCGGCACACCAUGCACGUGGGCCGGGCCGGGGACGCCUUCGGGGACACCUCCUUCCUCAACAGCAAGGCCGGAGAGCUGGACGGUGAGUCCCUGGACGAGCAGGCCGCCUCCUCGUCCUCCAAACGCAGCCUCCUGUCCCGCAAGUUCCGGGGCAGCAAGCGGUCGCAGUCGGUGACCAGGGGGGACCGGGAGCAGAGGGACAUGCUGGGCUCCCUGCGGGACUCCGCUCUGUUCGUCAAGAAUGCCAUGUCCCUGCCCCAGCUGAACGAGAAGGAGGCGGCCGAGAAGGGCUCUGGCAAGCUGCCCAAGAGCCUGUCGUCCAGCCCCGUGAAGAAGGCGAGCUCCGGGGAGGGCGGCCAGGAGGAAGUGGGCGAGGGGGAGCUUGGGCCCCGGCGGAACGGGGCGGCCGCCCCCCACUCCCCGGACCCCCUCCUGGACGAGCAGGCCUUCGGGGACCUGACAGAGCUGCCCAUCGUGCCCAAGGCUGGCUUGGGGCUCAAGCACGCCGAGUCCAUCAUGUCCUUCCACAUUGACCUGGGACCCUCCAUGCUGGGCGACGUCCUCAGCAUCAUGGACAAAGAGGAGUGGGAACAGGAGGAGGAGGAUGGCGGUUACCAUGACGACGGGGACGCAGCACCACACAGCACCCUGCAGGCUCCCCUGACUGCGGUGGCAGCAGGGGCGGCGGUGGCGGCGGGCCCUCCAAGGGCCAGGCAGGAGGGCGCGGCCGGCCCAGACCUGCCCCAGGACGAGGGGUGGGCAGCGGCCCCCAGCCCCAGCUCGGCCCGCAGUGAAGGCAGCCACACCACACGGGACAGCAGCUCCCUGUCCAGCUGCACCUCGGGCGUCCUGGACGAGCGCAGCCCAGUCCCCCGGGGCCCCGACAGGGCCCGGGCCCCGCUGUCCCGGCAGCCCGACAAGGAGUUCUCCUUCAUGGACGAGGAGGAGGAUGAGGAGAUCCGAGUGUGAGGGGCUCCCGGCCUCCCUGCCCCCAAGCCACCACCCCCCUUCCCUGCCCCGUCCCCUGUGCAGGGCAGCCAAGAGCCCGACUUAGGUCGCAGACCCCGGACCUCCCGGACGAGAGGUGCUGGUGGGGGCCGUGGGGAGCUGGCCAGGGCUGCAGGGAGCACCCAGCCCUUCUGAGCACUGUGGGACAGGCGGGGGCUGACAGAAGGAACUGGCUGUCCCUUUCCUCUCCUCGCAUUCCUCCUGUGACCUGUGGCUUGUGGCAGGAGGAAUGGUGGUCCCAGGCCCCCAGCACCCCGCUGUCCCUCAUCCCAGGUUCAUGCACCACAAGCCUGGAGCCCCUCGGAGCAAAGCCGGACCGAAUGUGUGCACUAAACGCAGCCCCUUCUAGGGGAAGAGAACAGGAUGGGGAACGAAAAGGAGAACUCAGGCUUCUGGAAUUUUCUAGAAGGGGCUCUUCCAGGAAGACACUAGAAAUAGGUUGGGCACUGGCUUCAACAUUGAUUUGUUUGUUCUUGUCACGUUUAAAUCCUUCCAGAGUGGUAUCUGGAACAAUGUUGUUGUUAGGUCUGCUGCCAGAAGGAAAAUCAAAUCCUUUUAAAGAAAACCUUUAUACUAAGUGCUUCCAAACUUUAUUUAGAACCUGUGGGGCGGGUGUCCGCACUCUUCUGUCCCUCCUCCUGCCCCAUAGCUAUUAACAGUUGAAGGCAGCCAGUAUAGAAAGUUCCUGGAAAAUGACUUUUUAAAAACUAAUAUAUCAUUCCUAUGGAGGGAUAAAAGCUUUUUUGACUGGAUCUCCCCCCCACACACACACACACUACUUCCCCUUCCUUCAGGCCUUUGUGCCGGCAGAAACCCUCCCCCACUUUGGAGGGCCCUAAGGGUGUAUAGAGUUGCCAGAUGUAGCAACAGAACAAAACUAGAAUGCUGAGAUAAAUUAGAACAUCAGGCAUACAAAGGAAAAUUUUUUAGUAUAAGUAUGCCCCCUCUGUGUUUGAUACAUACUUACGCUAAAGAAAAAGACUAUUUGUUCUUUUGAAAUUCAAAUUUCUCUCUGGUCCUCAUCACCCUGCCCCAGGGAAUCCAGUGGGAGCUUGGGUGUAAGGCCCAGGGUUAAUGGGUGAUUUUCCGGUCCUGGGAACAAGCUAACCUACCCUCUCCUGUCCCCUCCCAGCUGGUGUGGGGAGGGGGACCGACAGACGUACCACAGGACCCAGCCUGGGGCCAGCGGGCGUAGCUGCUCUAGUCUUCCGUGUUUUGUCAGAUCCUGAUCCAGACACUAACUUAAAUUCCUGAUUUCCGGGCCCCGUCGGUGCUGUUUCCAGUAGCGUGGCUCCCACUAGGGGAGGAAUCAGAAGGGGCUGUGCGGCCCCUGCCAGCUACCCCUCGAAACCCAUCCAGACUCAGCGGUCAGCUCCAGAUUCUAAACUGUAUAUUUUUUUUCAUGGUAUUGUUAAAACAGUGAGGAAACAUUAAAAAAAAAAAAAAAAAAGAAAGCCCUUAGGCA